UGACUCAGUCCUGGAGAUGCGAGCAGCCAGUCCGGCGUGGUCGGGCUGCCCGUCAGUCGGGACUGGUCCUGAAAUAGAGCCCUUUGUGUUUGAGGAGCGGGGUGGCUGAGAGAGGAGGGGCUCUUUAAGGUACGGGAGGAGUGCACGGGAGUGACGGGAGUGGAAUGGAGAAGAGUGGUGGGGACUGACGAGUGCCAGAUAUCUGACUGACAGGUCAUAUAUAUGGAGACGGCGGGGAAACAUGGCCACAGAGGAGGAACUCAGGCUUCAGAACUGACACGUUUCGGAUUGAAAACCCUUUCCCAAGGACACGGGGAUCUCGGUUCCGAACUUGCGUUCGAUGGGUCGGAGUCUUCCGAAAGUCUUGAUGGAUUCUAUGCCGACACCAGACCUGGGGCAGCGCUGUAGUUCGGGGUCUCCAUCAUGGUCAAUGUGACGUCCGCUGAGGCGGCGGGGCGGGGCGACGUGCGCUACAACGUGCUGGCGCUGCUGUUCGGCGUGCCCCUCAUCCUGGUCAUCAUCCUGGGGAACAUCCUGGUGUGCCUGAGCGUGCUGACCGAGCGCUCGCUGAAGACCGCCACCAACUACUUCAUCGUCAGCCUGGCGGUGGCCGACCUGCUGCUGGCCGUGCUGGUGCUGCCGCUGUACGUCUACUCAGAGUUCCUCGGCGGCGUAUGGACGCUGAACACGUACAUCUGCGACGCCCUGAUGACCAUGGACGUGAUGCUCUGCACCGCCUCCAUACUGAACCUCUGCGCCAUCAGCGUUGACAGGUACAUAGCGGUGGUGGUCCCGCUGAAGUACAACCGGAACGAGUUCAGCGCGCGGCAGCUGGUGCUGAUCUCGGCCACCUGGGUGCUGUCGCUGGGCGUGGCCAGCCCGGUCAUCUUCGGGCUGAACCAGGUGCCGGGGCGCGACGCCAGCGUGUGCCGGCUGGAGGACGACAGCUUCGUGGUGUACUCCAGCGUGUGCUCCUUCUUCGUGCCCUGCCCCGUCAUGCUGCUGCUGUACUACUGGAUGUUCCGGGGGCUCCGCCGCUGGAGCGCCGGCCGCCGCUCCCACCUGCUCCGCCCCGACCGCCGCUUCUCCCUGGGCCUGGCCGGCCUGCGCCGCCACGGCAGGUCAAAGGUCAAGUACCUGAUGCCCGGCCUGGGCCCCGGGGCCACCGCAGAGCCGGUGCCGUCGGUGCUGCUGCCGGGGCUGUCGGGCCUGCCGGGGCUGCCGGGGCUGCCGGGGCUGCCGGCCCCCGAGAGCGACGCCGACCCGGUCACGGGCCAGAUGGACAGCGCUUCGGACGCCGAGGGGGCCGAGAGGGCCCGGCAGGGGGGCCCCCGGGAGAACGGGCUGAGGGCCCGCGGCUCGGCCAGGAGGGCCCGGGUGAGCGGCCGGGAGCGCAAGGCCAUGAAGGUGCUGCCCGUGGUGGUAGGUGUGUUCCUGGCCUGCUGGACGCCCUUCUUCGUGGUCCACGUCACCAAGGUCCUGUGCGCGUCCUGCAGCAUCGGGCCGACGCUGAUCAGCGUGGUGACGUGGCUGGGCUACGUCAACAGCGCCGUCAACCCCAUCAUCUACACCGCCUUCAACACCGAGUUCAGGACCGUCUUUCACAAGCUCCUGUGCUGCCAGACGUGAGCGGUCGCCAGCUCCCGCCUGUGCCGGAAAGAGCCGGAGAAAGGGUCGCGGUUAAGGAGCAGAUUUCCCACAAUGCCUUAGUCUUGAACUGAAUGAUGUCAAAUGCCAGUAGUAAAAAUGCACUAUAUGGCACUGGUCCAACUGUAUGGAGUUCAUAUCUGUAAAUUACUGCUUGAGUACGGUAGAGUCUACAUCAAGCUCAGCCCAUAGCCCAGAGGCAUAAAAACCUGUGAAUAUGUGAAUAUGUGUAACGUCCGUGUAGAAUCUGUGCAGUUUUUCAUAUUAAAAAAAUGAAAUGGGAAAAAAUACAUUAAAGUACAUGAAUUUUAAAUGAAAUACAUUUUUUUUUUUUUUACCCGGGAAUACAAAAAAUGGACAAUUUAUGACAUUGUUUCUUUACGUAACACAUACUGCUUCCUAAAGGAUUUGGCUCCCCUGGCAACAGGGACAAAUGGAUGACUGCCUGGGAUACAGCAUUUCAGUUGAGAACAGAGCUGUAUUUCAUACUACAUGCUCUCACGCGCCACAGGGGCGAUCGCCUCUUUAUCCAGGAAGAGGAACGGUACCCUGACAGAAUGCACAUCGGGGGGCUUCUGACGUCGCGUGGACACCGAAAAACAUUCCGGUUCAUCGUGUCGAGUGACCAGCCGCGCUGAAGAGCCGCAGAGGCUGUGUGAAGACGUCAACAUUGCAGUCGUGUGAACUGUGCUCUUUUGUCAGUGGUGGAAAACAAUAAAGAGGAAAUUAAUCCAAAACUGCAAUGCAAGUUUCCACGCUUUUGUUUGGUGAGGUUUCUGAGACAGGAAAGCACUGAAGUCCUAAUAAAUCUAAAUGAGCAAUUAGAACAUGGAGCUUAAUGAUGAGAGUCGGCUUUUGGGCCCAUCUGGAUUGCCCGUUAUCUAAUUGGUGCGGCUGCACACUUUACACUUCAGACGAAUCCCUUUGAAUAUGGGAGCUGGCGUGCGCCGUGGCAGAUACUGAUGAGAAGGCAUCGGGCGCAGGGACGGGCCUGGUGACUCUGCGGGUGCACUCCUAAUGCAGACUAAUGCUGCCUGUAAACUAUCCAGCGCAGCACUUAGAGCUUCUCAGUCAGGUGAAUAUAAUAAUACGUUUUUAAUCACAAAGCCAUCUGCUGAGACCGGGGAGGAGGAGCUAGGUAUGCGGGGCAUUUGGUUUUGGGAUGGGAGAUGGCUGGGGAACAUUAACUCACCAGCUGUGAGGCAGAAAGUCCAUUGGUAAGCAUUUAUAAUUCUGGAUUGUUUAAAAUUUCAGUUUACUCACAACCAUUUUUCUCCGACUUUCUUCCUUGUAAUCCAUCUCAGCCAUUUUGUUUAAUGUCGUUCUUCUUAUUCAUUAAUAAAGAGGUCCCACAA